AUGUCGGGCGAUCCAUUCUCAUUCUGCACUGAGAUCGCACCCCCAGCAACACCCUGCUCCCCAUCACCAUGUGGCCCCUACAGCGAGUGUACAGUAAGCGCAAACGGUGUUGCGGCAUGUUCUUGCCGCGCUGGUCAUGUUGGUUCCCCUCCAUCGUGCCGACCAGAAUGCCUCGUGAGCUCUGAUUGUAAGCUGCAGUUAGCUUGCAUCGACCGUCGUUGCCGCGAUCCUUGUGAGGGUGCCUGCGGUAGGGGAGCGCGUUGCCAAGUAAUCGCACAUUCGCCAAUAUGUACCUGCAACGAUGAAUAUACAGGAGACCCCUUCACUUAUUGCUAUCCUGCACCUUCUCAACCUCCAGCGCCUAUUGACCCUUGUCAACCAUCACCAUGUGGGCCCAAUUCAAUUUGUUUGAGUAAUGCGGAUACGCCAGCAUGUAGUUGUCAGCCUCAUUUCAUUGGAUCACCACCAAACUGUCGACCAGAGUGCACUAUCAGUGCUGAAUGUCCAGCUGCAUUAGCUUGCGUUGCACAACGAUGCAAGGAUCCAUGCCUUCAAGCAUGUGGUGUACACGCUAUCUGCACCGUGAUUGACCAUCGUGCAACUUGCGCCUGCGAACCCGGUUUGGAGGGAAAUCCAUUCCAGGGAUGUUCACAACCAAAAGGUAACGAAAAAAGA